AUGGAUAAAGAAAACAAUUUAUAUAUUAAAGAAAAUUUAAAUAAACAAAUCAAUUUUUAUACAAAAGAAAAUUUAAAUAAUAAAUUAUACAAAGAAGUUGCAAAAAUUGCUAGAGAAUUAGGAAUUAAAAAUGUUAAAGGAAAAAAAAGUGAAAUUAUUGAAAGAAUAAUAAAUUUUUACCAUCAAUCUGAUUGUUAUGGUAAUAAUAAUAAUAAUAAUAAUAAUAAUAGUAAAAAUAAAAAUAAUAAUUUAAUUAAUAAUAAUUCAAAUGAUACACAGGAUAUAAUAAAUGUUGAAAAAUUAAUUAAAAUUGAUGAAGAAAUUAAAUUAUUAGAAAAAGAGAUUAAAGAACUUGAGAUUUCUCAAUUAAAUAGAAAUAAAAAUGAUCAAAAUAAUCUAUAA